AUGAUCGUGGACGCGCUGCGAGCUGGCGCACUGUCUGCCAGAACGCUGCUACGUGUCCACGAACUUGGACUCUGUGCGCGGUGCUGCAUGCGCUUCGCGUCAAUUGAGGACUUGGCUGUCUACGCAUAUCCGGAAGAGGAACUGGUGCAGGCCAUGCACCAAUUUUGCAAGGAGAGCGACGUGGCGAUCCUUGAGCCGCAGCAAGUGUCGGAAUGCACGUGCUGUUUGGGCGUCUUGAAUGGGACGUUUUUCGCCAAGGUGCUGGUGGAUGUGCAGCAGUUGGCGGAGAAAGCGGACUACGACGUCAAGGAUUUCGCUCUCAACAUAAAGCUGCCUGGUGUGGUGCUACUGCGCGAGUACUCGCUGUUGCACUUUUUGCGCUCGGACACCGAGAAGUUUCCACGCAAAAUACUGAUUGACGUAAAAGAUGUGCUGAAGUCUCUAUUAGCACCAUCCAUUUCGCGAAUGCUGUCGGAUGCCGAAUGCGUUACAAUGGGUGACUUUGCAGUCUUGCUUGACGUCAAGCAUGAUGAAUCCGUUGACGAAGUGCGCCAGAUCCCGUCGAUUAAGAAACAGCUAGAGGGAUCACGAAAACGUGGUCGUGGUCCACUUCCUGUAUUUGAUGGAUUUGGUGCAGUGUCUCGCGCUCUCGCUGCGCUUAAAACAAUGCCCGAUACUAUAGAAAGUCCGCCAAGUCGACUUACAACUACGCCACGCGCUGUAAUUACGCUCGAGCGCGACCCGGUAUACAUGCAGGGACGAUACCUUAAAUUUCAGCGAGGACUGAGCCAGACACCGUGGGUUCUGGACGGCAAGCGGAUGGGUGAAUCUUCUGUGGAAGAGUGCAUUGGCGAGAUCGCGUUGCCCUUUUUUCGAGGUUCAGGCUACAAGUUUCACACAGCUGGUCGUGAAGAUGUUGACGUGCGUAUGCUCGGAAAUGGAAGGCCAUUUAUUUUGGAGAUUUUAGACGCCAAGAAAGCGUACCUGGAGCAGCCUGAGUAUGACCAGAUACAAAAAGUCGUGAACGUUGCAAAUCGUGGUGCUGUUGAAAUUGUCCAAGUCAAAAGCUCUACGAAGGACUAUUUUGCGGGACUUCAAGCUGGCGCGGACUCCAAGAUGAAAACCUACUGUUGUGUUGUGUGGUCGGAAGGAGCGUUAACGCCUGAUGCUAUUGCAAGCAUCGAUGCAAUUCACAACCUUACUAUCGAGCAACAGACUCCUGUUCGCGUACUACAUCGUCGAACACAGAUGACUCGGCCGAAGAUUAUUCAUUCUGCGAAAUGCGAGGUGCUUAACAAACAUUAUAUGUUGUUACGCCUUGUAACUUCUGCGGGGACGUACGUUAAAGAGUUCGUGCACGGUGAUCGGGGUCGUACUACUCCAAAUGUUGCAUCGAUUUUGGGCUGUGAUGCUGACAUUAUUCAGCUUGAUGUCGAAAACCUCAUCGAUGCUCAGUAA